GCCCUUGCAGUGCCCCGGGGUUUGCCGAUCCCUGGGGCCCUGGCCCUGUGGAGACCGGUGAUGACACCGGUCUCGUGCUUCCUUCUCCGCUUCCUAAUCUGACCAGCCCUCUUGGAGUGUGAUUGGCAUCGUCGAGCCCCUCCCACCUUCCCCUGCCCUCCAGCUCCCCGGGAGUCGAUCUUCUCGCUGCCCUUUGUGUGUUCCUCCGCUGCUGCCCCAGGAAGCAGAACGGGCGAUGGGGGCGGGUGUGAGUGCGUGUGCUUGUGCGGGAGAAACUUUUUAGAGAGCGGUCCGCCAUGGAGCCCAGUGAUAGUAGCAGUACCACUAUGGAAGAGCCUGACAGCCUGGAGGUGCUGGUGAAGACCCUGGACUCCCAGACGCGGACCUUUAUUGUGGGGGCGCAGAUGAACGUGAAGGAGUUUAAGGAGCACAUUGCUGCCUCUGUUAGCAUCCCUUCCGAGAAGCAAAGGCUCAUCUACCAGGGGCGUGUGCUGCAGGACGAUAAGAAGCUCCAGGAAUACAAUGUUGGAGGAAAGGUUAUUCAUCUGGUGGAACGGGCUCCUCCUCAGACUCAGCUCCCUUCAUCUGGGGCGUCUUCUGGGACCGGGUCUCCUUCAACUACCCAUGGUGGGGGACCCCCACCUGGUACUCGGGGUACUGGGGCCUCUGUUCAUGACCGGAAUGCCAACAGCUAUGUCAUGGUUGGAACCUUCAAUCUUCCUAGUGACGGCUCGGCUGUGGAUGUUCACAUCAACAUGGAACAGGCCCCAGUCCAGAGUGAGCCUCGGGUACGGCUGGUAAUGGCUCAGCACAUGAUCAGGGACAUACAGACCCUGCUGUCCCGGAUGGAGUGUCGAGGGGCCCCUCAAGCCCAGCCGCCCCCCCAGACGCCAACAGCUGCCCCAGAACCAGCAGCCUUGAGCUCCCAGACAACAGACGCCGAGGAAAGUGAAGCCCCUCCUCGGGAGCCUAUGGCGGCGGAAGAGGUGGAGGAGCACGCCCCAUCUCAGAGCCCCGAGCCUGCCCCUUCUGCUGGUCUGUCCCCUUCGGGACUGACGCCUGCACCAGAGACAAAUGCACCCAACCACCCUUCCCCUGCGGAAUACGUCGAGGUGCUCCAGGAGCUGCAGCGGCUGGAGAGCCGCCUCCAGCCCUUCCUGCAGCGCUACUAUGAGGUGCUGGGUGCUGCCGCCACCACGGACUAUAACAACAACCACGAGGGCCGAGAGGAGGACCAGCGCUUGGUCAACCUGGUGGCGGAGAGCCUGCGGUUGCUGGGCAACACCUUCGUGGCGCUGUCGGACCUGCGCUGCAACCUGGCCUGUGCCCCGCCACGGCACCUGCAUGUGGUCCGGCCCAUGUCCCACUACACCACCCCCAUGGUGCUCCAGCAGGCGGCCAUUCCCAUCCAGAUCAAUGUUGGCACCACUGUGACCAUGACGGGGAAUGGGACUCGGCCCCCCCCUGCUGCCAAUGCGGAGGCACCUCCCCCAGGUCCUGGGCAGGCCUCGUCGAUGGCUCCCUCUACCACUGCUGAGCCCUCCACUGAGGGGGCUCCCCCGCCGGGGCCGGGGCCAGCUCCGCCCCCAGCCGCCAGCCACCCAAGGGUCAUCCGCAUUUCCCACCAGAGCGUGGAGCCCGUGGUCAUGAUGCACAUGAACAUUCAGGAUUCGGCCACGCAGCCUGGUGGGGUUCCGAGUGCUCCUGCUGGCCCUCUUGGACCUCCUGGUCACGGCCAAACCCUGGGCUCCACCCUCAUCCAGCUGCCCUCCCUGCCCCCUGAGUUCAUGCACGCCGUCGCCCACCAGAUCACUCAUCAGGCCAUGGUGGCAGCUGUUGCCUCCGCGGCCACAGGACAGCAAGUGCCAGGCUUUCCGACAGCUCCUACCCGGGUGGUGAUUGCCCGGCCCACCCCUCCACAGGCUCGCCCUUCUCACCCGGGGGGCCCCCCAGUCUCUGGCACUCUGCAGGGUGCCGGGCUGGGCACCAAUGCCUCCUUGGCCCAGAUGGUGAGCGGUCUCGUAGGGCAGCUUCUCAUGCAGCCUGUCCUUGUGGCUCAGGGGAGCCCAGGAAUGGCUCCACCUCCAGCCCCUGCCACUGCCUCCGCCAGUGCCGGCACCACCAACACGGCCACCACCGCUGGCCCUGCCCCGGGCGGGCCUGCCCAGCCUCCACCCCCACAACCCUCCACAGCCGACCUUCAGCUGUCCCAGCUCCUGGGGAACCUCCUGGGACCAGCGGGGCCUGGGGCUGGAGGGCCUGGCAUGGCGUCGUCCCCCACCAUCACUGUGGCUAUGCCUGGGGUUCCGGCCUUCCUCCAGGGCAUGACUGACUUCUUGCAGGCAACCCAGACGGCCACGCCACCCCCACCGCCAACCCCUGCCCCGGAGCAGCAGACUUCUCCCCCUCCGGGGCCCCCUCCUGGAGGCGCGGGGAGCCCUGGAGGCCUGGGUCCCGAGAGCCUGCCCCCAGAGUUCUUUACCUCGGUGGUGCAGGGUGUGCUGAGCUCCCUGCUGGGCUCUUUGGGGGCGAGGGCCGGCAGCAGUGAGAGCAUCGCAGCCUUCAUACAGCGCCUCAGUGGUUCCAGCAACAUCUUUGAGCCUGGGGCGGAUGGGGCCCUCGGAUUCUUUGGGGCUCUGCUCUCGCUCCUGUGCCAGAACUUCUCCAUGGUGGACGUGGUGAUGCUGCUCCACGGACAUUUCCAGCCCCUGCAGCGGCUCCAGCCCCAGCUGCGAGCCUUCUUCCACCAGCACUACCUGGGUGGCCAGGAACCCACACCUGGUAACAUCCGGACGGCAACCCACACGCUGAUCAACGGGCUAGAAGAAUACGUACGGGAGAGUUUUUCUCUGGUGGAGGUUCAGCCAGGCGUGGACAUCAUUCGGACAAACCUGGAAUUUCUCCAAGAACAGUUUAAUAGUAUUGCUGCCCACGUGCUGCACUGCACAGACAGUGGAUUUGGAGCCCGGCUGCUGGAGUUGUGUAACCAGGGCCUGUUUGAAUGCCUGGCCCUGAACCUGCACUGCUUGGGGGGACAGCAGAUGGAGCUGGCCGCUGUUAUCAAUGGCCGAAUUCGCCGCAUGUCCCGUGGGGUGAAUCCAUCUUUGGUGAGCUGGCUGACCACAAUGAUGGGGCUGCGGCUUCAGGUGGUACUGGAACACAUGCCUGUAGGCCCGGACGCCAUCCUGAGAUAUGUCCGUAGAGUCGGUGACCCGCCCCAGGCGCUUCCUGAGGAGCCGAUGGAAGUACAGGGAGCAGAGAGAACGUCCCCUGAACCCCAGCGGGAGAACGCUUCCCCAGCCCCAGGAACAACAGCAGAAGAAGCCAUGUCCCGAGGCCCACCCCCAGCUCCUGAGGGGGGCUCCCGAGAUGAGCAGGAUGGAGCUUCAGCUGACGCAGAACCUUGGGCAGCUGCAGUCCCCCCAGAAUGGGUCCCUAUAAUCCAGCAGGACAUUCAGAGCCAACGGAAGGUGAAACCGCAGCCGCCCCUGAGUGAUGCCUACCUCAGCGGUAUGCCUGCCAAGAGACGCAAGACGAUGCAGGGUGAGGGCCCCCAGCUGCUUCUCUCAGAGGCCGUGAGCCGGGCAGCUAAGGCAGCCGGAGCUCGGCCCCUGACCAGCCCAGAGAGCCUGAGCCGGGACCUGGAGGCACCAGAGGUUCAGGAGAGCUACAGGCAGCAGCUCCGGUCUGACAUACAAAAGCGACUGCAGGAGGACCCCAACUACAGCCCCCAGCGCUUCCCCAAUACCCACCGGGCCUUUGCCGAUGAUCCCUAGCUCUGCUCUGUGGCCCCACCUCAUCAGGGGACCGUUUCCCCCCUUUUCCCUCACAGUAUUUAAGAAAUAAAAGUCGGAUUUUCCUGGC